GGAGUGGGUUUCGUUCGGUGUAAACUGUCUUUUAACCAGUCAGAGCAAAUUUUGCAGCGAAGGGAGACAUUGGAGUUGAUGGUGCAUUUGCCAGUUUAACGAGCUAGCAUGUAGAGAGUCUGUAGCUUUUUGUCGUUGCAAUAUGAAGAAUGGAAGAAGACGACGUUACUAUCAGAGAGCAGAAUUUCCACAGCCAAGUUCGAGAGUACAUUAUUUGCUUCCUUCUGUUUGCCGUACUCUACAUUGUAUCGUAUUUCAUCAUAACCCGGUACAAAAGGAAAAGUGAUGAUCACGAGGAUGAAGAUGCUGUUGUCAACAGGAUAUCAUUGUACUUGUGCACCUUCACCCUGGCAGUGUCGGGUGGUGCCGUCUUCCUACUGCCUUUCUCAAUCAUUAGUAAUGAGAUCCUCCUAUCCUUCCCCAAAAACUAUUACAUUCAGUGGCUCAAUGGCUCCCUCAUUCACGGACUGUGGAACCUGGUGUCACUGUUCUCCAACCUUUGCCUUUUUGUCCUGAUGCCCUUUGCUUAUUUUUUCUUGGAAUCUGAGGGAUUUGCAGGAUCAAAAAAGGGUAUAAAGGCACGCAUUCUUGAGACAUUUGUGAUGCUCUUCCUGCUGGCUUUACUCAUUCUGGGCAUUGUGUGGGUGGCAUCAGCACUCAUUGACAAUGAUGCAGCCAGUAUGGAGUCUCUCUAUGAUCUUUGGGAAUUCUACCUACCAUACCUGUAUUCCUGUAUAUCUCUAAUGGGAGGACUACUUUUGCUGAUGUGCACACCAGUGGGAUUGUCGAGGAUGUUCACGGUCAUGGGCCAGUUACUAGUGAAGCCAACAAUCCUGGAGGACCUGGAUGAGCAGAUUUACUGCAUCCAUUUGCAGGAGGAAGCCCUUCAGAGGAGAUUAAACGGAUCUUCCUUACAUGCCUACACCAGAGUCAGCUUUGCUCACCAGCUCAACAAAGAAAUAGACAAUAUUAGAAAUCAGAGGAAUAAAUUAGAGAGGAGGAAAAAAGCAUCCGGUUGGGAGAAGAACUUGUUGUAUCCAAUAGUGAUGCUUAUCCUGCUCACAGGAACGACAAUCUCAGUUCUAAUGGUGGCAUUGAAUAUCCUGUACCUUCUAGUGGAUGAGACUGCUAUGCCUAAGGGAUCUACCGACCGAGGCAUUGGGAACACCUCUCUAUCCACAUUUGGCGUGGCUCAGGCAGUGCUGGAGAUCAUCCUCAUGUUCUACUUGAUGGUGUCCUCUGUUGUUGGAUUCUAUAGCCUGCGAGUCUUUGAGGGACUCACUCCCAGGAAGGACGACACAACCAUGACAACGAUUAUUGGUUGCUGUGUGUCAAUCUUGGUCCUGAGCUCAGCCUUGCCAGUGAUGUCCAGAACAUUAGGUAUCACCCGGUUUGACCUCUUGGGAGACUUUGGGAGAUUUAAUUGGCUGGGAAACUUUUACAUCGUCCUUUCAUACAACCUGCUGUUUGCAGUCGUGACAACGCUCUGUCUUGUGAGAAAAUUUACCUCAGCAGUACGGGAAGAGCUCCUAAAGGCCUUAGGUCUGGAUAAAUUGCAACUGUCAAACAGCCCCACAGACCCUGAAUCUGGGAAGCUCUCGGCCAACGGGCAUCAGAAAACUCUGUGAAAGGGACGAUAGAUCAACACACAUGUGCACUCGCAGACAUACACACACCUUAGCACAGCCAAAGGGAGAUUUCGACAGUACUGCCUGACUGCUGAAAGGUGAAAGGGAUUGGAAGGAACUUAAUAAACCCGGGCAGUGUCUGACGGAUGCUGCAAAUGGAGGCUGAGAGCAAUUUAGCUUCAUGACAUUCCAUCCUCUGCGUCUCGGAUGGAAGCUGGGACAGAGCCAGGGAUGAGACUGAGGAGUGAAAUAGACUGGCAUCACUGCAGUGACCUUGAUGUUGACCUCAACAGUGACUGUGACUUUAAACCACCCAUCCCUGCUUCAGGAAUACUCUUCCCCUUUUUCUUCUACAACCUCCCUGCACUAGUAAGCGGGUAUAGCAGGUGAAAUAAUGCACCUUCUGUGGUGGAUUAAGAACUUACUUUUUUUUUUUUUUUUCAAAGUCUUACAUCCCACUAAAUGGUUUCUGUUGUCAAAUUGCUUCCCAGCUCUAUUCAUACUGUAUAUAGACAGUCUUAUAUAUAAUGGCAGGAUAUGAGCUUCCAUAGAGUGCUUGCAGUUCAUGGUCUAUAAUUGUGGGUCUUUGAAAUGUGAACAGAUACUGGCAUGACAUGGUGUCAAAUCUUCAUUUUGAUUUGUUUAAACUUAAUAUGCUAAAAUAAAUAAAAUGUGCUUUGUGAAGCAUCACAAGUCAUUUACUCACACUCCUCACAGCCGGUACAUAUAUCUGCAUAACAGUAGUAAAUACAGUUUAAUAUGUAUUUAUUGGACUGUAGGUUUAACAUUCAUUCUGUCCUUUGUUUUUAAUUUGGCUUUACUCAAGUGCGCUUUAACUUCAUAGAUGAUGUCAUUGGUCUGUUUAAGGUUGGGUAAGAAAUUUUUAGGUGCUCUAGAUAAGACUUGAGGGACUCCACCGAUGGGAAAUUGUACAAGAGUUAUAUCCACUUCAGUUGCAGUGUUUUACACAUCUGUAACGGAUCCUUUGGAAGGCUAAAAUUUAAUAUGCACAUGGUAAAUAAUUAUUUGCUCAUCCAAAAAAUUUAAUGCACAGGGCACAUAAAAAAAAUUGUCUUUUUUUUUUCUUCAUUUUUGUAAAUGUUGUAUUUGCAUGUACAUAGAUUGUGUUUCAUACCUCUUUUUCAUUAUUUGGAUGUAAAUAUUGGGCUUUUUUAAGUCCACUGAGGGUCUGACUCACUGAGCAAUCAACCCAUUUUGUUUGUUGUUGUUGUUUUUUUUUUUUUUACAUCUAAAUCUGAUGCAAACAUGUAACAGUCUUCAUUUACACACCAGAGAAAAAUGUGCAACUUUGCAAAGACUUGGUGACUCAGGCCCUGUUUCUAUGUUGUAUUGCUGCAUAAUCUUCUGAACUGUGAUGUUUUCUGUCUCCAGAACCACCUGAAAUGCCUUAUACGACAAGCAUCUCGCAGGCUUAAUGUUAAGGUUGUUUCUUCUUCCUUGUUGUUUCUGUACAUGUACAGUGUAUGAACAUGUACGUUGUGAGUCUCUAGACAGUUCCACUGUGAUCCCCCUGUACGCCACCGAGUUUAAAGUCUAAAGCCAGCCGGACAUAGCAGACAUGUUUCUUGUUUUUCAAUGAAUGUUGUCACGGUAGUGCUCAUUUAGUGAGAGCCUUCACUUUGAGAAUCAUUCAUUACCCAUGAAACUUGAACACUUGCUAGGAUAGAGUUGUGUGACCUGAUGAUGCUAUUUUAACGGUGUGUUGUUGAUGUUGUGUUCUCACGGUGAAUAAUAAGUCAUAAUGAUAACAAAAAGGAUGUAAGAACAUUUUAAUUUAUAAAUGCAUUUGAUACAUUUAUCUCUCACAAACAAAACUUACACACCUUUUUUUCCUCAAAGAAAGUAAGCUGUUUAGCCACUGGUUGUUGAUAUAAGAGCAGAUGUGAAGAAAAUAUGAAGAAUGAUGUCCAAUCCAUCUUCUCAAGUAAACCGUUUGGACUAAAUGUUUUCUGUUAUCCCUGGCAUAAAAUAACUCAAUAAAAUCAAAGCAGGGCCUUUUUUUGGCUUUGGUAUAUAAUCUUUAGAUACAUUUUAAUGAAGAUUGAUUUAGAAUCAUGUUACUUCCAACAAAGAUUUACCCACUUAAAUUCUUUACUGGCAGAAACGUUUGUUCCCUUGAGUUUUGACAUGUUAUGUUUUUUCUUACAGCCAUUUUUCUAUUACCCAUGUGGAUCAUUUGUGUACUGUGAAAAAUGAAAAUGGCCCAAAAUUAUGUCAUAACAGUAAUAGUGUAAAGAGGUUAAAGAUAAUUGGACCUUUGAAUGGAACUGAAACCAAAUGUAAUUUUUGUUAACUAAAACUGCUCUGGAUUCUGGGUUCUAUUAUACCUUGGAGGAUAAGUUGUGCAGAAUACACAGGUUGUAACUCCGUACUGAAAUGUAAAAACUUUCCUGCUCACGGUAGCCUCUGCAGUGAGAAGUGACAGGCCAUUUUCUAUUGAAGCGAGCUUUUCCUGGUUGCCUUUCCAGUACAUCUCCGAGUUUUGUGAGGGGUGUAAAAGGUGACAGUUGGCCUGUACUGUAGGUAAAGCAGCUCUUCUUUUUCUGUCUUUGUCAGUUGAUCUCUGCAUGUAACUUUUGGUACAUGUUUUGUGAAUGUAUUUUUUUACAUUUUCUGAGUUUGCGAUAUGUAUGUUUCGUUAUUUUUUUGAUGUCCGUGUGUUUGCAAAUAAAAGUAGAAAAAUGCUUUGUAA